AUUUCGAUGGAGACACAAUGUCAGUCACCAGAUUGGGGUGACACCCAUACAUUUCCACUUUUUAACUUCUCUGGAAAGACAGUCGGAAAAGGAUGCAGCUCCGUCCCCUACGAUAAAAUAGUUAAACUUGAAAAACGAAUGCGAUGUAAAACUAAGAAGACAAAUGAAGGUACAACUUUAUUGGAGGAAUUAAAAAAAAUACAGGGGAAGAUAGAAGAUAAUUUAAAGGAGGCCAGCCGCUUAACAGACCAAAUAGAAAAAGCAGUGAUCGGGAAAAAAGUUACAUUCUCAAACUUAAGGACAAUGUAAAAAAAACCUGAUUGUGUGACUGUGUGUGUGUGCCCAGGAUUCUAUCAGUAUAUGGACAUACAUUGUAAUUAUGCUAUAUCUAUGGAACUCUUUUAAACAAUUAUGUAGAUUUACUGUAAUCAGCAGAUUAAAUAUAUUUUU